ACUUCAGUCUUGUGGUUCCUACUCACAUUAUAUCUGCUCACCCUGGAUCAGACAUCAUCUUACCUGUUCAUCUCUCACCUGAAAUAAGUGCUGUGUCGAUGACAAUCAGAUGGUAUAGAGGGACAGAGCUCAUUUUUCAGUAUAUGACUGGGCAGGAGAUAAGUUUUGAUUAUGAGAACCGAGUGAGUCUGUCCAUUCACGAGCUAAGAAGAGGAAGUCUCUCUCUAACUUUGAGAAAUGUUUGCCUGUCAGAUUCAGGAGACUAUACAUGCAAAAUUUUUCAUGAUGGAUGUUGGCAAACAGGAAUAGUUCACUUGCAAGUGAGAGAGUUUCGGAAGAGUGAAUUUAUGUUGGAUUUAGAGGACCUACAUGAUGCCCUGAAACAAGUAUAUAAUGACAUUCUACAAGCAAAAACAAGAUUACUUGAGGAAACUUUAGUAUUCUUAGAUAACAAAAUCAAGGACAAAAAGAAAAGUUUUGUGGGACCUGAUAGCACAUUGGAUGAACAGUUAACACCUAGGCGUACAGAUAGUAUGGAAGGACUUCCUCCACUGAGUAAGACACAACAUUUAAUGCUAAUAGCAUUUCGAUUCUUAUGUGAAAGUUUGCCAUUUCAGAUACUGUUACUGUAACUUAUUGAACAGCAGUCCUUAAUUUUUAUUUGCUAGAGUUAUUGAGAGUAAAUUUUUUAAACAUUUGUUUAUGUGCUUUUACAAGAAAUUGACAUGCAAAAUUUUAUGAUUAUCUCCAUCAUCUUGUGAUUUCCUGCAGUGGGACAUGAUACCACCUUGGAUGAAUGGUUAAUACCUAGGCGUACAAAUAGUAGGGAAGGACUUCCUCCACUGAGUAAGCUUUUAAUAAAACAGUUAAUAAUCAUACAAACAGGGUCCAAAUCUAGAAAACAACAUUAUCCAAGGCAAGUGUUGGGAACUCAGAAACGAAGACAUGGAGACUAUUGGGUAAUCUUCAGCAGGAUUCUUUAUUGAGAAUGCUCUGCGUGGCGCUGCAGUCAUCAAAAGUCUAACUUGUCCUUAAGACAUUGUAGUUUUUAUACAUUCAAGCAAACAAAGCAUGCAAAUGCAAUACAGGGAUCAGCCUGAUACUGGCCAUUUUCCCAUCUUUGAUCUUGUCAGCAUAACAGUGUCAUUUAAAUACAGAGGUGCCUGACAGUAUCCCUGAUACCUUCACAUUAUCAUAGAGACAAAAGGCACAGCUGUACAUUGAGCUUAAAAAGCCAAAUGGCAAGGAGGAAUACAAAGACAAAAGGUUAAUGUCUCAGAAACUUGAUUUUCCUGAUUUGAGCUUCUUGGAUGUCAGCUUUAUUACCCCAAAAAAUCUACUACUAUAUUGGAACCUAUAUUUAACAUUUUAUAAGUUUGUAAUCCCACACAAGGCAAGAGAGUAAUCCAGAAACAGGCAGUGGUCAAGACAGGCAGCAAACAAUCAUAAAACAAGUAAACAGUCCACUGUCAAAAGCAAGGCGAUGGCAACUAGAAUAAACAUUCUGUAAUGUCUAAUAGUGAAAAUAAAGGCUUCACCAUGUAGAGUGUUUGUGUGCGUCUUUUGUAGUCUUCCUGAAUGUAGUCAGCUAUGAGUGGAAUCAGUUAAUAAGCAUGGGGUGUUAUGGGAAACGGAGUCUAUGAAAUAAUGGCAUAGGUCCGGGAUGGAUUGCCCUCUAGAGAAGUUCAUGGACACCUUAGCUGGACAUCGGGACCGUGUGACACUAACUGUUCAAAAGAAGCAAAUAAAUUGUCAAUAAUUAGAUCUUUGAAGUAUGUUAUCCCCUUGUCAGGCCAGCUCCUAAAUGACGCAUCCUGCAUUGAAGGCAAGAAAAAUAGAUUAUGGGCAACAGGGCUAAGAAGAGAAGGAUACUUAAAAAACAAAUGAUUUACUAAAUUGGGUCCAAAUCCUCAGCGAGUGUUUUACAACUGGGCAAUCAACAAAAGCAUAAGAAAUUAACUGUAAUUUGGUUGCAAGAAGUGCUGGAAGGGAAAUUUGCUUAUGGGCAUGUAUUUCCACAGUUCUUUAUGUUUAAAUGCUAGUGCGAUUUUAGGUUAAUUUAUUUAACAUUUUUUGUAUGUUAUUUUGAAACAUAUUGAAAUGCUAAAUGAUAUGUUUUUCUCAUUAAUCUUGUGAUUUCCUGAAGUGGGACCUGAUAGCACAUUGGAUGAACAGUUAACACCUAGGCGUACAGAUAGUAUGGAAGGACUUCCUCCACUGAUGGGACCUGAUAGCACAUUGGAUGAACAGUUAACACCUAGGCGUACAAAUAGUAUGGAAGGACUUCCUCCACUGAUGGGACAUGAUACAACAUUGGAUGAAUGGUUAAUACCUAGGCGUACAAAUAGUAGGGAAGGACUUCCUCCACUGAUGGGAGAAAACAGCACACUGGAGAGGCAUGAAAUGGAAGAGAGGAGAGAUCUCAGACAAAAUAACCCAUUAGGACUUGUUCACAGCAGAAUAUACACUGGGGAAAAUGUAUCAUACAUGGAAAGUGAGAGCAACAGUCAAAACAUAAGACAAACAAGAGAAAGAAAUACUGGCUCUGAGCAAGAGUUUGUCUUUUCAGCUGUGUCACCACAGUUUCUGCUAAGACCAAGAACAACAGAAUCAGUUCUUUUACGAGCAAGAGCUGGGAUACAUGCACAAGAGAGCCCUAGAGCAGCAAUUCAAAGGACUCAAGAAAGGAGACAAGUAAGUAUUGCUGCAGAGCAAGAAAGAAUCUCUCCAGUUAUGUCAACACAAGGACUGCUUAUAGAAACAACUCCAGAAUCAGUCCUUCUACAAACAAGAGCUUUGAUACAGGCACAAGAGAGCCCUAGAGCAACAGUGCAAAGGAUUCAUGGAAGGGGACAAGAGAGUGUUGCUGCAGAGCAAGAAAGAAUCUCUCCAGUUAUGUCAACACAGGGCCUACUAGAAAGAACUCCAGAAUCAUUACUUCUACAAGCAAGAGUUGGGAUACAAGCACAAGAGAGUCCUAGAGCAACAGUGCAAAGGAUUCAAGGAAGGAGACAAGAAAGUAUUGUUGCAGAAGAAGAAAGAAUAUAUCCAGCUAUAUCAUCACAGAGACUACUUCGAGAAAGAACUCCAGAAUCAGUACUUCUACAAACAAGAGCUGGGAUACAGGCACAAGAGAGCCCUAGAGCAACAGUGCAAAGGAUUCAUGGAAGGGGACAAGAGAAUUUUGCUGCAGAGCAAGAAAGAUUACCUCACGUUUUGUCAUCACAGCGACUACUAGAAAGAACUCCAGAAUCAGUACUUCUACAAGCAAGAGUUGGGAUACAAGCACAAGAGAGUCCUAGAGCAACAGUGCAAAGGAUUCAAGGAAGGAGACAAGAAAGUAUUGUUGCAGAAGAAGAAAGAAUAUAUCCGGCUAUAUCAUCACAGAGACUACUUCGAGAAAGAACUCCAGAAUCAGUACUUCUACAAACAAGAGCUGGGAUACAGGCACAAGAGAGCCCUAGAGCAACAGUGCAAAGGAUUCAAGGACGGAGACUAACAAAUGUCACAGUGCAAGGAAGUUACUCACCAGCUGUACAAUCACAGGUACAAGACCAAGCAAGAACAUCACAAUCAGUUACAUCUCAAGCAAGAGGUAGCACACAAACACAAGAAAGGCCAAGAGACAGAACACAAGCAAGACAAGAAAAUACAGAGGGCAACUGCCAAAUUUUGUAAUUUGAUUGUGGUUUCCCAAGAUGGCGCCAGUGUACCUGUCGGCAUGCCGUCUCUCACAGUCUGAUGCACCUGUUGCACCUGCUCAUCUGGCAUCUGUGCUGUUCUUAUUUUCAAUGGUGGCACACUGGUGUCGUGUAGACUCAGUGUUGACCUAUGAUCGCCAAGUUUUGCUCAACAUCAAAAACUGUAUGGGAUUUCAUCCAUUUUGUCCUGCUCUAUAUUCUUGCUCUCAAUCCUCGUUCAACCAACCCGAAUUAGAGUGCGCUUGCCGGUUACCUUGCUGCGUUCCUCUUGUAAGGAAGCGCCGCAGAAAGAGAGGUAAUCGUGGUGGUGUUUGAGUGAGAAUCAGACGGACAAUUGCCUCCUCCAUACAUAUUCACAUAUUCGCCACAGAGGAAUAAACUGUUAAAAUCUUCGCCAACUAGAUUUUGUUCAAAUGGAUCUGCCCUCGUUACCUAAAUCUCAUCUGAAUAUGGCUCUAGUAAAUGCUAGGUCUGUGUGCAACAAAACUUUUAUUUUAAACGACUUUUCUACUAGUCAUGAUUUGGAUAUUUUAUUUUUGACAAAGACUUGGGCCAGUGCUGGUGAAUCGUAUUUGAGGAACUCUGUCUGCCGACCUAUAGUUUUAUUAGUACCCCAAGGUCCGCUGGCAAGGGCGGUGGGGUUGCUAUGGUUUUUAAACAGACACUUACCGUACGGACAGUUUCUGUUAAUGCCUAUUCGUCAUUUGAGGUUCAGUGUGCCGUGUUAGAAUCUACUACUUCCACUUUAUUCUGUGCCUUGAUUUAUAGGCCACCUAACCUGAACAGUGCUUUUAUUAGCGAUUUUUCAGAAUGUAUAACUGUUAUCUUGCCUCUGUAUGAUCAUAUGUUAAUUUUAGGUGACUUUAAUGUACAUUUAUGCUGCCCAGGUCGACCCUUUGUUUCUGAAUUUUGUAAUGUCUUGGAUUCUUUUGGUCUAAGUCAACACAUAAAUCAAGCAACACAUGUCCUUGGUCAUACUCUCGACCUUAUAUUGUCAUAUGGGACACAUAUUGAUAAUGUUAAUGUUGAAAUUGCUUCCUUCUCUGAUCACAAGCCGAUUGUUUUUAAUGUCCCUGCUGUAAGCUCUGGUGUGUUAAUUACGCCUAUUGGCUACUACUCCCGUUUUAUAAACUCACAUACUGCUUCUCAGUUUAGUGAAUGUUAUCUAGAUAAUGCUGUUGAAUCAUCUAUCUUAAAUGCUGCCGAGUCUUCCUCUGGGCCCGAUGACUUGUUUACUUUAUUUUAUACAUUUUGUUCUAACAUUUUAGAUGCCAUUGCACCCUUCAAACUGAAACAACCAAAGCAAAAAUCUUAUUACUGGCUUGAUGAUACUCUUUCUCUCAGACAGGCCUGUCGUAAAGCGGAGCGGCAAUGGAAGCAUGAUUGUUUAAUUGUGUCCUUUGAGAAUUUUUAAAGACUGUCUGUUAAAGUUUCAGCAUGCUGAUAUUCCAUUAGGGAAUAUUAUUAGAGGGCACAAUGUUUCAUUUCAUCUAUACGCUGAUGAUACCCAGUUGUAUAUCCCAUUGAAAGCUGCUGAUUCCAUUCAACAGUUGUUGAACUGUCUUGAUGAUGUCAAGAAAUGGUUAAAAAAUAACUUUCUCCAAUUUAAUGAAGCUAAAACAGAAAUUAUUGUUUUUGGUCCCCCGAAAUUGAGAAACGGGCUUAUUAGGGAACUUGUCAAUCAUUUCUCCUCAGUUUCUUCUCAGGUCAGGAACAUAGGUGUCAUCUUGGACUUUUAAAGCAUAAAGACAAUUAUGCUUAACCAAGCAAAUAAAUGUGGUUGUUAAAAAUAGUUUUUUAUCACCUACGGAUUAUUUCUAAACUUAAAUCAUUCUUGUCGUUUCAAGAUUUGGAGAAGGUCAUUCAUACUUUUAUCACAUCAAGUUUAGAUUAUUGCAACUCCUUGUAUUUAGGCCUUCCUCGGUCAACCAUUUCUCGCCUCCAGAGGGUUCAAAAUGCAGCUCCAAGGAUGUUAACCAGAGCAAAGAAAUUUGAUCAUGUCACCCCUCGAUCUUAACAUCGCUCCAUUGGCUCCCAGUUCAUUUCAGAAUUCAGUUAAAAUAAAAGUUUGUUUGUUUUUAAAGCUCUUAAUGAUCAAGCCCCCUCUUAUUUAAAAGAUCUUAUUAUCCCACAUUCAUCUAGUAGAUCUUUAAGGUCUGCUGAUCAGUAUCUUUUAUAUGUCCCUCAAUCAUGUUUAAAAACCAAGGGCGACAGAGCUUUUUCAGUUGCUGCCCCUCGCUUAUGGAAUCAGCUGCCACUGGAUAUUCGUCUAGCACAUUCUAUUAACAUUUUUAUUAUCUUUUCUCCCAGGCAUUUUAAUCUAAUCUUAGUACUGUGCUUUUAGUAUAUUGUCUUCCAUGUUGUUUUAUUCUUAUUUUAUAUUUAGUUAUUAUUAUUGUUUUUUUAUAUAUAUACUCCGUUUAGCACUUUGGUCAGCUACGCUGUGUUUAAAUGUGCUAUAUAAAUAAAACUUACUUACUUACUAAUUAAACAAAGCAGUAGCUAUAGUAUACUACUAAUUACCACUGGUUUAUAGAGAUUACUGAUGUAAAUAGCACAGACUGUAUAAUAUUUGUAUGGUGAACUGACCAUUUUUUACCCCAAAAUUGUCAUGUUUUUCUUACAUUUUGGACAUAAUGUUGUCAUUAACUAUUUAUCACAGUAUUAUAAUUAUAAAUUUGCUUUUCUUAAAAGUCUACUAUAUAGAGUCUGUGAGAUUGUAAAUAAGCAUUACACCUACCCUUAGUAUUUAGGAAAUUAAUUAUAACAUACAAAAUGGCUACAAUAGCCUUACAGUUAAAGGAGCAAAUUACAUUUUUGAUAAAGCAUGUUUGCAAAAUAAGCACAAUUUCUUUAAAGAAACAGGAUUAUAUUCCUGAUUUUAAAUGAUGUUAUUACAACACAAUCUAUAGUUGACAAAUGGUCCUCUAUCGUGUCAAUUAGAACUUGUAUGAUUGGAAAAUGCUGCUUGGGGGGCUUCCCUGGUGGUUACUUUGAGGGAAUCCAUGAUGGGGUAGUAUCAGAAAAGAUCCUGUCCAACAGAAUCGUAGCCCCCUUUAACCCUGACGUUUUUUUGUUUGGCUGAGACUUAUAAUGAGAAGGAUAGCUGCAGACUUGCACUCUCAAACUUGCAUUCUCAGGCUGCAUCCAAAUUUCACAUACUUCCCUACUAUAGUAGAAAAAUAAGUAUGUAUCAAAAGAAGUAUAUCCCAAUUCAAAUUACUCAUAAAAGGGUAUGCAAAAAGUACCCAGAUGUCCUACUAUUUCUAGCGAGAUUCUGACGUGUGCAUACGAUUGUCACUUUAUUAUCUCAUGAGGACAUGGGAUAUGAUUCGUAAAUAGGUGUAUUAAGUGUUGCAGUGUUGUAUUAAGUGUGAAUGAUAUCAAAUUAACAUGAGAGUGAUUCGAAAGUAUACGUGCCGUCUGAUAUCUAAUUGCUCCUGUGGUACUUUGAUGGCAUAUGACAUAUGCAAUGAUUCUUGAACUGCACUUGAAUUAAUUCUAAAUUUGACUUGAGCAGUAGGUGGUGUGGCUUGUGAAAGAGAGUGCAGGUGUAAGUUGCAAGUUCCUCACUUGCAGAGGAAGAGCAGUUGAAGACCAUAAAAAACAUUAAUUUAUAUUUAGUCAUUUACAAGUGACUUAUAAAUGAGGACAAUAGAAGCAAUCAAAACUAACAAAAGAGCAACAAUAUGUAAGUGACACAGUACACGUAGCAAGGUAUAUAUAUAUAUAUAUAUAUAUAUAUAUAUAUAUACACACACACACACACACACUCACAAAGAAAAAUGUAGAUAGAAAAAAAUAGAAAGUUAGUAUAUUUUUUUUUAAAUAGAUAAAGUAGAAUUAAAAUAGAAUAGAAAGUGCUAGUAUUAGAGGGUCAAAUAAAGAUGGAACAGAUGUGUUUUUAGUCAUUUCUUGAAGAAGGCUAAGGACUCAGCUGCUCGGAUUGAGUUGGGCAAGUCAUUCCACCAGGAGGGAACUGUGAAAGUGUCUAUGAAAGUGAUUUUCUGCCUCUUUGAGAUAAUGCAUUAUUCACUUGCAGAACGCAAGCUUCUAAAGGGGACAUAACUCUGAAGAUGUGAAUUUAGAUAAAGGGGUGCAGAGCCAGUGCUGGUUUUGUAAGCAAACAUUAAUGCCUUGAAUCUUAUGCAAGCAGCUACUGGUAGCCAGUGCAAAUUUAUAAACAGAGGUGUGAUGCUCUGAAAGAAAGUUCCUGAUCUUCCUAAUGUUUUAUCAAGCAAAUCUGCAGGACUGGGCAGUUUUUUAGCAAUGUGUUCUGAGAAAAUCAGCUUAUCAUCAAUCACAACUAGUUAAGUUGAGCUGAAGGUGAUUGUCCUUCAUCCAACAAGAAAUGUCUGUUAGUCAUGCUGAGAUGAGAGCAGCUGUCAAGUAUUGGCCAGCGUUGACCCUCUCAAAGAUAACUUUUGAUAGUAUAUUGAAAUCAGAAAAUAGAUUAUAUUUUAAAACAAUUCCUAUUACUUUGUUAUUAAACUUUUUAUCACCAAUGUACACUUCACCAAUCUUUAACUCAGGCAAUUGUACACAUUGGAAUUUGUCUAGAAUUGAAUUUUCUAAAUUGGACAAAUCAACAACAUACAAAAUUUGUUUCUCAUAUCACUCUUUUUUAAAUAAAAACUUCCUAUUGUAAUGUUUCUGUUAUUUUACAAGGUGAAACCACACUCAAAAAAAAUUAUUUGUUAAAUGAACAUGAUUUAAUCGUAGCACCCAUUAUGCAUCUAAUCAAAUCAAGUAAACUUGGACUGCUUUGAAUGUGUUAAAUGAACACAAUAUACAUUUGUAGAUUAAACAUGUUUCGGAUAUGUCAAUGUAACUUCUUUGCAACUAAUUGAAUAAAAAAGUGUGAUUGUGUUAGUCUAAUCAAAUGUACUCUUAUUCAUUCCAUGUCAGUAAAGCACUUCAAUUCAACAUGUUCAUGUAUGGUUUUGGUAGUUUAAUGAAUAUCUAUCUUGUUAGUGAAUAAAACUGCUUUAUUCAC